UGACACGAUAGAGGACUUGGCGGACUUGGUUGUUUCUCUUUCUAUCAAGGCGAUUUCUUUGAGGUUAUGUUUAUGUAGAGUUGUUGCCGUUGGCUGUUGUUUUGUUUACAGUUAUAGCAUAGUUUUAUGUGAUGUGUAUUUAUAUCAUAUUUUACAGUAACUAUGCCUUUAAAAGAUCAGGAUAAAUUUGCUUGGGGUUGGGCAGAAUACACUGACCCAAAGUCAGUUAAUAAUGAACAUAUAUUUACAGCGUAUAGGAUCAAACAAAACUUCUGUAAGAACAAGCAAUGCAGGAGGAAUUGUCGAGGAAAUCCAUUUUGUUUAUCAGGUGUUGGUGAGGCACGCCUGUUAGACAGUUUAAAUAACUCGUGUGAUGAUGCAAACAAUGCCUUGCCCAGGAGAACUGAAGGCAGUUUUGUGGGUCUGAAAAAUCUAGGUGCCACUUGCUAUGUCAACAGCCUGCUACAGUUGUGGUUCCACAAUAAAGCAUUUAGAGAUGCAAUAUUCUUGUGGAACCCGCUGGAAGACCCAGUGGAACAAAGAAACAUUUCCUUGUACUCGGAUGGACCAUUCCUGCCUCAGUCAGUAGUGGGGCACCUACAGCAACUGUUUGCACUUAUGUUUUAUAGCAAAUGUCGCUACAUUGACCCGUCUCCAUUCGUGGAGUCCUUGCGACUGGAUACAUCCACCCAGCAGGAUGCACAGGAGUUUUCCAAACUCUUCAUCUCACUUCUAGAAAGUACACUAAAACAUCAGAGUUUGAAAAAUGUUAAGAAUCUUGUUACGGACAACUUUAGAGGAGAAUACAAGUAUGUAACAAGAUGUUGCAAGUGCCUGACGGAGUCUGUGAGUCCGUCCAUGUUCUACGAACUAGAGCUGAACGUGAAGGGGCACAACACUCUGACUGAGUGCCUGGCAGAGUUCCUGCAGGUGGAGAGACUGGAGGGAGCUGAUUGUUACAGUUGUCCCGUAUGUCAAGUCAAGCAGGAGGCCUGUCGGUUUAUCAAACUCUGCUCCCUCCCACCUGUACUCAACCUGCAGCUCCUUCGAUUCGUUUUUGACAGGGAGAAAGGCCAGAGGAAGAAGCUGAAGACUGUGGUCCAGUUCCCAGAGACUCUAGACAUGAAGGACUUUGUGGAGAAAGCCACUGACACUGAUGAACCCUUGGUGUAUAACUUAAGUGCUGUUCUCAUCCAUAAGGGAGCAAGUGCCUCUUCUGGUCACUUUGUUGCUUAUAUUAAAGAUGGGUCGACUGGUGUGUGGAAUACAUUCAAUGAUGAGUCUGUGGAGAAGUUGGAAGGCAAGAAACUGAAGCUGGAUGAAGAGGAUCCUGAAAAUCCCAAGAAACCCAAAACUCAGAGAUUACCCAAGGGCUGCCAGAGUUCCACUGACGCCUACAUGUUGGUUUACACUUCUGAGAAACACAACCCAAGCCCCAUGGAAGUUAAACUUCCCCAUAAACUCCAAGAGUACGUCGAUUCUCAGAAUAAAAUAUUUGAUGAGUUUUGUGAGGAAAUCGCUUCUAGUAAGAAACGAGGCCAGGAGCGACAAGAGCAGCAGUGGCAGCUAUACAACUCUCUGUCUGUGGAUGGCUCGGAUGACUUGAGUGAAGUGGAGGCUGUGUCCACUGACUGGCUGGUCUCGUGGCUGGACAGCAGGACUGAUGUAUUGCGACAGAUCGAUAACACACGGCUGGUCUGUCCUCAUGACAGGCUGGACCCCUGCGUUGUCACUGGAGCCAAAUAUGUCUCGAGCUUGGCUGCUGACGUGUUAUAUGAUCACUACGGAGGAGGUCCACGACUCAGGAUGUCAGACGCCAUGUGUGAGCAGUGUGUAACCAACAACUGUCUGAUCCUUCGUACCAAGGCCAAGAUACUGGAGGAGAGCAAAGAAGUCACUAAUUUGUUAAAGAAGCGAAUGCAAGUUGAUGAGCCAGGAUAUUUUGUGGACAAAUAUUGUCUGAAGACGUGGCGAAGCAGAGUUCUGAGCAUUAUUGAGGGCAGACAGAAUCCUGCGAGCAGGUCAAACAACGGAGCAACGACGUCAGCGAACGGGGAGGUUCCUGAGCCUGCCGGGGAAGACACAGCGGCCGUGUUGACAGAGCCAGCAGAGAUGGAGAGGGAGGCCGGUGGACCUGCAGAAGACAAGGAGGGAAGCAGCAGCAGGACGGACUGCAGGUGGAAACGGAAUAGGAGCAUACGGCUCGCCAGGAGGAAACCCAACCCCACCAUAACUGUGCCUUUAAGUGAGAUCAAAGACUGCUUUGUUAUGUGUCAUAGACUACAGAUGAAACUGAACAGUUCCAGUAAAAUUCAGUCCAAUGAGAGCAGUUUACUGGUCCAGUGUAAACAAUUAAAAAUCAAACUUAGAAGAUUAGCCAUGCCAAACAGAUCGAGUAAAACGUUAAUUAUGUCUAGAUUGAGGAGGGAUUCUGUCGAGAACAAGAGUACUGUGAAGCCGUGUGCAGAUAGCCAGUUAGAUGUAAAUUUUGAUAAAAAGUCGGAUGUUGAAAGUAACGGUGAAGGUUCCCAACCUUGUGAUAGUAGUGAAAAGACUUCUGUGAAACUAGAAGAAGAGGAGAACAGCAAGUCCGAUGACGGAAUGGCAGUGUUGAGUAAAGCUUUCAAUGAAGGAGUCAUGUGCCCUCAUGGAAACUUAUCGAUAGACGAAGCCGGGAGGAAACUGGUUCCUGUCCGUGUGUGGGAAAUCUUUAAACAAUAUUUCCCUUCAGCACCCUCGUUUUCCCACGACACAGAGCCUUGUCUACAAUGUCAGCAUGUUGCAUCUAAAGAUGAAGUACUGAAACAACACUAUUAUGAAAGUGCUACAAACCAGAAGAAAAUACUGUCCGAUCUGUAUUCCAUGCGCAACAGACCUCAGCCAGGCAGAACUGAGGACACUAUCUUUCUGUUACACAAGCAGCACUUCCAUCAACCGUGGAGUUCCUUCUUAAAGACGGCGACACGGAAGGACCCCGCGACUGUAGCGGAGCCUCCCUCUACACUCAAGGUGGACACCUUGCUGUGUGUACAUGGGCUACUGCACUACAGCCCCGAGUACGAGGAGGAUCAGGCUCGGUUGGUGCUGGUAACCAGGCAGGAAUGGGAGACGCUGACCAAUUUCUAUGCCUCGGACCUCGAGGUCACAGUGGCCCCUGACCUUUCCACAUCUCCUCAGCUUUGUCAGAGCUGCUUCGCCGCACGCUUGGAGAAUGAGCAAAAGGAGAAGUUGAACUACGAUCGGGCAAGGCUCAACAUCCGGCUCGUUCCUUCCGCUUCCAGCCUUGACGACCAGGAGUCAGACUCGGGGUCGUCGAGGAAGCGGCCAAGGAUGGACGGGCCGUCGUCGCCCAUACCGCCCGAGUUGAAGAAAGUGAUGAAGACGGCGACGAACGGCUCAGGAGCGGCGCAGGACGUGAGGCGAAGUGCCAGGACGAGGAAAGUGCCCGGACAGAAGGAGGUCCAUGUCACCGUCUCUUCCAGCCUCACCCUCAGAGAGCUCAAGCAGAUGAUCACGGGUCAGCUGGCGGUGGCACCGUUCGACCAACACCUCAGCACUCUGGACGGCAAGGAGCUGAACGGUGACUUUAACACGCUGUCCUCACUGGGCAUCCUCCCGAACACCACACUCCUCCUCCAGGUACGUCAGUUGUUACAGUAUCGCGAGUCACAGCACUCUGGACGGCAAGGAGCUGAACGGUGACUUUAACACGCUGUC